UCAAGCCUAAAGCCACCAUCUGCCACAACUCUCUCACUCUGCUAGAGGCUCAACGCACCGCUCCUUUGACCUUUAUUUCUGUCUUUGAAUGUAUUCUUUGGUCGAAUCUCCAUAAAUGGACAUCGACACGCUCUCCGCAUCUCAGAGGGAGGCUCUGAGCCAGCUGCAGGCUCUCAUGAAUGGCGGCGACCCUGACGUAGCGAUGAAUGUCUUGGACAGCGUGGAUUGGGACGUUCAGCGUGCUGCCAACGUCAUCUUCGAAAUGAACUCCCCAACCGAAGCUCCUACUCACACCACUGCCCAAAUGGAGACCUUCGAGGUGGACGACUCUUCGCAGAGUCUGUUGAGACCUGCACGUAACGGUCGAGAAUUCAGGCAGGUGCCUCCCUCGUCGUACAGCUUGAUCUUACGUCCACUUGGCACGAUCCUCACCGUCCUCGCGAUACCUCUUCGCUUGUUCACGUCCGUUCUUCGCUUCAUCCUUCGGCUCCUGCGCAUUCCAUUCCCGCAAUUCGCACCCUUCACGUGGUCGAGCCUGUCCUUUCGGCCAUUAGGCUCAAGCACAGGGCACGACGCGAGAGCUAUGGAUCCGAAGACCGUCGCGGAGCGGUGGGUUCGUGCGCUGGAAGAGGAAACUGGCGCGGUGUGUGUAAGUCGCAGUGGUGUCCGUGGAAGUGGGCAUGUUUCUGCGAACGGGAAUGGCAUCUCGUCUGGCGCUGACGUCGCUGGUCCGUCGGCACUCGCUUCGAGGUCUGCUGCGCAUAGCUAUGACGGUGAAGUGGAUGCCGAGAGGAAUUUGUUACCGGAUUUCUUUUUGGGCGGUUAUGAAGAGUUUGCGCGGUGGUGCGAAAAGUCCGUCAAGCUCGGAUGCGUGAUCUUGGUGAGCGACGAGCAUGACGACGUCCCGGAAUUCAAGAGAAGCACCUUGACAGACCCAUCAUUCAUAAAGGUCAUUCAGGAUAACGACAUCAUUGUCUGGGGUGGGGAUAUCAGGGACAAGGAAGCAUGGAGUGCGUCCCACAAACUGCAAGCAACCACAUACCCCUUCGUCGCCUUCAUCGCUCUUCAGCCUCGCCGAAUCGCUGGCUCUGGCGCGUCUUCUACUCCUACUAUGACUGUCCUCUCACGGCAUCAGGGACCAUCGAUUCCUUCCACGUCUGCACCCACCGCGGCACAGACGCUCGUGACCCAUCUGAACGAGCAAGUUCUGCCCCGGGUCAAGCCCUUCCUCGAGCGCAUACGUGCACAGGCGCGAGAGCGGGAGAGAGAACGCGCAUUACGAGCCGAGCAGGACCGGGCGUUCGAAGAAAGUCGCAAACGCGAUGAGGAGCGGGUGUUGCGCCGGAUGGAGGAAGAGCGUAGGGCGGAAGAAGAGCGGCGGCUGUAUGCGGAGGCGGAAGAGAGGGCGCGCGAGGAAGCGAUGCACGCGGAGGAGAAGCGAAAGGCGUGGGAGGAGCAUCGGAUGGCGUGGCGCAGGUACGGCGGGCGCGCGCUCGUGCUGCGCGAGCCGCGGCCGGGGGAAACGGGCAGGGGAAAGACAAUGCGCGUAGGCUUGCGGAUGCCCGACGGGCGGCGGGCAGUACGGUUCUUCGGCGACGCGGAUACGAUGACGUCGCUCUACGCGCAUGCGGACUCUUUGUUCAUACCGGCGGAGCUCAGCGAAGUGGGCGACCCGCAGGUCCCUUUGAGCGGCGCGGCGCCUGGGGAAGAAGGACUCGUUGAGGAGAUAAGACAAUCGGGGCGCACGCCGGAGCAGUGGUGGGGGUUCAAGCUCGUGCUGGCAUACCCAAGGAAGGAGAUCGAGUGGCAGCCGGCAAAGAGGCUCGGUGAUGUGGACAUGCUGAAGACAGGGGGGCAGUUGGUUGUGGAGUUGGUUAGCCAUCCGGAGAGUGAGAAGGCGAAGAGCAAGCAGGCGGCGGCAGUGGACGAGGAGGGCUAUGAGAGCGAGGAGUGAAUGUUACAUGCUGCAUGGUUUUCUGCGUUCUGUCAUCUGCUGGUUG